UGGUGCAUGCGUGUGCGUGAGUUUGUAUGUGCACUCGCGUAUGUGUGUGUGUAACAUUGGGUUUUAUUAUUGUCACCAGCGACAUCAACCAACCAGCACACUGCCGUCGAUCCGAAUCAGUGCCAUUUCGCCCGGUAAAGUGUGUUUUGUCGUCUUCGUCGUCGUUGUCGUCGCGUUAUUUUCGUCGGGCAACGAUCACGCGAUAUUAACACUCGUCGUCCGCGGUCAUCGCGCCGUCUCGUCGUUGCUACGUUAUCGCGCGUUCUGGGCCGUUACUGUAACGAGCGAGCGAGCGAGCGCACCCGCGAACGUCUUUCGUUCCGAUCACGUUGGUUUGGACGCGCGCGCGUUUACGUUGUUGUUGUUGUCGGCCGCCGUACCGAUCCCCGUGUACUGAACAUUCGCUGCGACAUGCCAUCGCUGUAGUCACCAGUCCAUACUGCCUGGCCCUUUCGGUGCCCGAUGCCCGUCGCGCACGUUUUACAGUAAGCUAGUCCGCAGGCUGUGAAGAUCAUGCCACAAGAAACGACCCAACUGCAAUCGGAUGACACUGGCGGUGGCGAAGGAAAUGGCCGAAACAAACGCAGGACUGUGCCAUAACGCAUGGUGACUAUGCGUGCAUUCGUCUAGUACCGACAUUACACCUCAGUGAUUAAAAAAUUGUCCAUCUCCACAAGAUUUAUUAUCACAUAAGCUUUCGCGUGUGAUGAUCAAGGAGAAGCAAUACAUCGAAAACAAGUCUUCAUCAUUUAGUAGUGAAGGGGACCCUAGUGCCGGGGAUGAUAACCAAAUGAUCAAAACACCUGAUAAUAAUAGUGGUGAACUUCAUCACGAUUUGGACAGAAUUAUCAAAACCGAAUCUGAUAUGACAGCUUUAAUAGAUAAUGCUGGCGGGGAUGUAGCUGAUAAUAAAAGUGGUGUUGGUGGAAGUGCAAGUAGCAAUACUUCUCCAGGUUCUUCUAACACUGAUCAAAAACAACAGCUAAUGUCAAAUGAUAUUUGCCUUAGUCAAAUUAAGCACGAAGAUACCAGUAAUAACAGUGGCAUUAAAGUAGAAGAUAACAAUACUACAAGCACAACGACAACUACUGUUGAAUCUGACUUUGAAUCGUGUGAUCGAGUUGUACUAUCUUCAAUGAGUAGUGGCAGCGGAGGACCAUCAGAUUUAAUUGAUGGUUCUGGUGGAGUACAACCAUUAAUGAGCAAUGUCUUAGGUGCAAAUGCUACAGGAAACAAACAAUCAAAUACAACUAGUGGAAAUAUGGAUGCCCAACAACAACAGUACAUGCAACAACAAAGUCAAAUUUUUGUAUUUUCCACGAGCUUAGCAAAUAAAUCAGCUGAAUCUGUAUUAGCUGGCCAUUAUCCUACUAUUAUAGCUUAUCAUUGUGCUCAACCACGAACAAAAAAAUUCCUAGAGAAACAUCCAUUAAAAGUUAACCAGUUUAAUAGACAAAACCCUGGACAGUGGAUGAAUAAUGUGGUUGCAUCUCAACAACAAAUGAAACAUCAACAACAACUUAACAAAGGUAUGGCUCCUCAUGGCGGGCAACCAAAAUAUGGCGGUGGUACUCCUUAUUCAAGAGCAAUGAAAAACAACAAUAGUCCAUCAGGUGCCUCAAUGGAAAAUCCAAUGAUGCAACAACAACCUGGAGCAAGAAUGCCUAUGUGGAAUCAUCAUCAGGGAAGUAAUAUCAAUGAUUCUGGACCUCAACAGCUACAACAUCCUUCAAAUCAUAAUAUGAUGGGAUCGAUGUGCGGUCCUGGUAAUAAUGGUAUUAUGGGUAUGUCGAAUCAUGGUGGUGGAGGACCAAUGGGUCCUGGAAUGUUAAUGAACAGCAAUAAUUCAAAUCAAUCAAUGAUGGGUCCUGGUCCUGGUUCAAUGAUGAAUCAGCAUGGAAAUGUAUGUUCUAUGGGGCCAGGUAGCGGUGGUGGGAUGCCCAUGAAUGGUAUGGACUUGGAUUUAAUGGAUCAUCACAAUCCACAUCAUCAACAACACCACCCAAAUCCACAUCACCCAUCUAAUAUGAUGGAUGGGGGUCAUAGACCAAUGAUGGGCGGUGGUCCUCAUCAUCCACAUCAUCCUCCUCCACAUCAUCCUUCUGGUGCACUUCACCAUAGAGGUUCUCUCGGAAUGGGUGGGCCACCUCACCACCAUGGUAUGUCUGACAUGAUGACUAUGAGUGGCCCUAAUAAAUGUCAACCAUCCACAAUGGAUAGUCUUAUGUCAUCAUCUGGUGGGCCACCAGUAUCAGUACCUUCAGGCCCAGGUGAUUCACCAGGUGGCCACAAUUCUUUAGCUUCUAUGAUGCCAUCUUUAGCUGAUUUUGAUGAUCCUAUAGGUAGCGGAAACUCAUCUCUAGGAGCAACAUCACACCAUUCAUUAACUGGUGUUCAAGUACCUGAUGAAAAUUUGACUCCACAGCAAAGACAACAUCGUGAAGAACAACAAGCGACUUUACGAAAACUUCAACUAGUGUUAUUUCCCGAAAACUCAAAUAGUGGCGGAGGACCUUCUCAACAGCAACCCCCGCCUGUUACAUCGUCUUCCUCUUCUGUUGGAGGUCCGUUAGACAAUUGCAGUGGAAGUGGUAUGGAUGAUUUAAUGCCAUCUAUUGAUGAUGAUUUAGAUGUAGAUGCUGUUGUAACAGCUGCAGCAGCAACUAAUUCUGCAGGUGACCUCUUAUUGCCACCUAAAACACCAACGUCGUGUUCAUCUGAUUGGCCAAAAUCAAUGUUUGGCAAUGAAGAUGAGAAGAAGAAAGAUAAUGGAGGACGUUGUGGUCCACCACCUUCUUAUCAUCAAACAGUAGCUCGAUCUGCUAGCGUUCCUAUUGUUUCCGUACCAAGUUGUAGCCCUAACUCACCAUUAGCUGGCAAUGGUACUGGAGUAACAAAUAGCAAUUUGUCGUUGCCAUCUCCUCGCACAUGUUCAGCACUUAACUCUCCAGCUGGUGGUCGACCAUCCUCAAAUAUGAGCCCUACUGCUGUACGAUCUCCUGGUAGCAGUGGAUCAAGACUACAAUCCAGUAAUCCAGGUACACCAGUUCAUAUGUCGCCUGGCCACAAUUCUUGUUCAUCUAUGAAACAACAAAAAGGUCCAAUGUCCAAUGAAUUUUCACCCUCAUCUAACAUUGCUACUCCGGGUCAACCUAGUGGUGGUGGUCAACAAUCUCCUGACGGAUUAUUUUGUCACAACAAUAAACAGCUAUCUAAAAGGGGAGAUGAACCUAAUUUAAUGCCUGUUCCUUCUCCUCAGCACAUUCAGUACCUUAAUACAUUUGAUGGCCAAGAACUUACCAUUCAAAAACAACCUAAUACAGGUUUAAAAGAUUCAUCAUCAUCUACUACUACAACUACUUCAACAAUGUCCCCCUCAGUCCCUACAUCUCAAAACAAUAUGGACAUGAUAAUGACUGAUUCGAAUAUGAAAUCGUAUAAUAUUGUUCGUCCUGGUGAUAUGCCUUUAAAUCCUUCUGCUGCUGCCGCAGCAGCAGUUGCAGCUGGUCUUCAAACGUCCCAACAGCAACCAAUGAAACAUUUUGAUCCAAUAUCUUCUUUGGCUCAAAUGAACCAACAAUUAGCUAAUAAUGUUGCUGGUGGAGGAUCAUCUCCAAUUGUUAAUCAUGGUGGUGGAGUACCUUCUUUGCAUCAUCCUGGUGGUCCAGGACAUCACCAUCCUGGAGGUGGAAUGAUGUCACCUUUCGGUGGAGGAGGUGGUCCACCAAUGCACUUGAUGGCUGGUAAUAGUGAUCCUAUGUGUGGUCCAAUGGGAAUGGGCAGUGGUGGAAUGCACGACAGUGGAAUGGGUGGUCCUCCUGGUAGUGGUGGUCGAAUGAUGUAUGGUCCAGGACCGGGGAUCGGACAAGGACCACCACCACCCGGUCCUAACGGAGGUGGAAUGUCGAUGGGACCAGGAGGUGGAUUACCAAUGGGAAUGCCUCCAAUAGGUGGAGGUAGGAAUGGUGGUAUGAUGAUGAAUUCCUGUGUUAGUGGUGGUCCAUUAUCACCAAAAUCUUCGUCAAUGAUGCAACAACAACAAUAUCAACAGCAGCAACAACAAAGAUUAAUGCCUAGGAUACCAGCAGGAGGUGGACCUGGAGGCUUAUAUAAUGGUGGUGCUAAUAUACAGGUGAAACCUAGUGCACCAAACACAAUACAAUACUUGCCCAACAAUUCUAGAGGUGGUGGUCCUAGAGGUGCUCCUCCACCUCCUCAAAAUCAACAACAACAGCAACAACCUGGCUUAGAUUUUUUGCAAAGGUUUUCUGGUGGACCUGGUAAUGGAAAUCCAUUGUCUAAUCUAGAUGGAAAAGUACCUACUCAUAAUUUACAAUAUUUUCCAAAUUCUGGUGGCGGCGGUUACAAUAAUAGUAAUGGCGGCGCUGGAAUUAAUGACAUGAUGUGUGGUAGUGGUGGUCCUUCUGGUGGAGGUGGUAUGGGUGGUAUGCCCCCUGGUGGUCCAAAUAAUAGUCGAGGAAUGAUGCGUGGUAAUUCAGCUGGAAUGAUAAGACUAGGAAGUAGUAACAGCGGAAUGGGAAUGAGUGGUAGUAACUAUAAUGGAGGACCUUCGGAUAACAUGUUUGGUGGUGGUGGACCUCUUCAUCAUCCAUCAGCAGGCCAUCCACAACAACAAAUGAUGAUGAUGGGAGGUGGUUCAGGGGGCCCUCCACCUCAGCAACAUAAAGGUGGAGGAAUGAUGGGUGGACCAGGUCCUCCAGAUGCUACACAACCUUUACCACCAUCAAUGGGUGGUGGAGGUGGUCCAGGACCGGGUGGCGGUCCUGUAGGAUUUAGAGGUCCACCUGCAACAAAUUCAUUCAUCGGUCCAACCACAGCGGAUCCAAAUUACGCCCAGCAAUUUCAUAAUUUCCAGCAACAAUUAUAUGCCACUAAUACUCGAGGUGGAGGUGGAGGAGGGGGUCCAUCAGGACCUGGUGGAGGAGGACCUCAACAAUUUUUUGUGUCCAAGUAAAUAACAAUAAUUUGACUUUUUCCAAAGCAAUAACAAUUAUUUAUAUUAGCAAAUUAUGUGUGUUGUAUUAUUAAUCCUCUCCCUUUUUUUUAAUUAUAUUUUUUUAAGCUGCCUCCCAAUUGUAUAAGAUUAACAGCAGACUGAUAAUCCUUAAAGAUAAUUAUUUUUAUGUGUAUUCACUUUGUUUUCAAAUAACACCCAGAAAUUUAAGUUUGAAAAUAAUGUAAAAAAAAAAAAUAGUUAAUUUGUGCGUGUAUACAAUAUAAGUAUUAUUAAAAUAUAUAUGUAUAUAAUAUAUAUAUUUAUACUAAAACUGUAUAGACGUGGACAUUUAUAAUGGAAAAAUAACAAAUAAUCCGUCUCCACCACUGCUACUACAAUUUAAUAAUUUAUUAUUAUUAUGAUGAUUAUUAUUAUUAUUUUUAUUAUUAUUAUUAUUAUUAUUAUUAUUAUUAUUAUUACAUUAUUAUAUUAUUAUACUAUUAUUAAUAUAAAAUUAUCGUAAAUGAUUUAUUUUGUACGCCAACUUGAACACAGCAGCAGCAAUAAUGAGUGAGUGGGCGUGUUAGAGACCUCUAUAAUAAUAUAUAUUUUUUUUGUACAUUUUAUUAUUAUGAUUAUGAUGACGCGCCACUCCAGUGUAAUAUAAACAAUUAUUAUAAUUAUAACAAAUGUGUUAAAUAA